AUGCUGGCGCUCGAGGAACAGACGAGGGAGCUUUUCGCCAGGGCCAUUGCGGCUGUAAAGAGCGGCCAGGGCGUGGCGGAUUUGCAUGCGCUCGACACGCUCAGUGUGUUUUUGAGCUCGGCGUUAUCGAAAAAGUACGCGCAUCCCAGUUCGGAUAUCAUCAACGUGCUCGCGGGCAUCGAUUACGUCGAUACGAUUUUUACGGAUUUUGUGGGCGCCCUCGAUCAGAUUAUAAGGACCGGGAAGAGCUUGGAAUUGCGGCAGAAGGCUGUUGACGUCGUGUUGGCCGUCACGGCUGGCGCCUACCAGACGAGUUUGCUGACGUACUUGAUCCAGCGGGAUCUCUUCCCGGCUGUUAUGAAAUUCAUCCAAGACGCCGACUCGACGAACCACGUGCUUCACCCCUUUACUCUACUAGGCCUCCUGGCCAACUACAACAAAUUCGAGUUCCAGAACCCGUAUCAGAUGCGGCUUAACGAUUUCGUCAACGAGGCGACGAUCAAGAAGAUUAUCCGAUGCGUCGGCGAGACGUGUCAGACUCUGAGGACGCAGUACAUUGACGUCCAGGACGACCUGCCCGAGGGCUGGACGCUGAACGGCACGCUACGGAUGAUUGGGCUCGGAGCCGUGGCCAGGGGCCCCAAGCCGGAGAAGAAGCCGGUCUACGAUGCCGAGACGAUGAAGGCCAUGUUUACGAAAUUGCCGGGCGAGGAAGCGGCGAUAUUACUGGCGACAUAUGACUUCACACACGCGAACAAGCUGUUUUGCUUCAACCUCGCGACGCUACCCGCGGAAAAGGGCGAGGAACAACCCCUCGCGGCGUUCACGUCGCUCACAUCCUACCUACUACAACACGCGCACCUGUCACUGCGGACGACGCACUACUCCCAUCUCAACCUGAUGGUAUUCCGCCUGCUGAUUGAGGACCCGGUCCUUUGUAAGCGGAUAUGCAGCGAAGAGUCCAAGACGGCAGUCAGAUUGUGCCGGCAGAGGCAGCCGUAUCUGCCGCUCGUAAGGGGCGAGAGGAUCCUGGCGACUGCGGUGCUGGAUACCAUGGUCGACGGCAUCACACAUAACCUCCGGCGGAGGCUCGAUGUUGGCAUGUACACGCUGUGCGUGGGUAUCAUGCUGCGCAUCAUUUCGUAUCUGUCGCGGUCGCGAACGCGCGUGGCGUACCACUGGGCGGACCUGUUCCGCUCGCUCCUCAGCCUCAUCAAGUUCCUAACGACGUACGUGGCGGACCUGAAGGAUCUCUCGCAGAUCGAUUUGCUCGUAGACAACGUCGUGAACCUGCUGGCGUUAUCGCUUUCUGCGGGCGAGGCGUUCCUCCCCGGCCCCGCGGCGUACGACGAUCUGUUUUACAAGGUAGUCGAGACGGGCGACGUGUUGGUGAAGUUCAAGGAGAGCUACCAACUGGGUAAGAGGCAGAGCAACUCGAUCGACACGCUCAUCAGCGUCAGCACGCAUUAUAAGGAGAUGCUGGGCGAGGGGGGCAGGAAGAAGGGGAACUUGACGAGCGUGGAGGUCACGGAGGUUAUUAAGCAGGGGUACGAGACGCUGAGUAUACAGGCCAAGGAGGGGUUGGAUACGUGGGAGAGGUAUAGGGAGGCGAACGACAGGACGUUGUUGAAGAAGAUGGCGAGGGCGGCGGUUGCUGAUGUUAGGGGGUUAGUGGAGAGGUGA